AUGGAUACAAAAAUGGCUGAAAAUCUAGAACCCUUAAAGACCAGGGCCACUAUUUUGGAAGAAGUCGAAAACGAUUGGGUUCCCGGUACCGUUUACUUAGUGGAUAUUCAACAUAACCUAUCGGUUCAACAUAAUGGGAAGUCGGAUAUAGUUUUAAUCCCACAGCCAUCGGAUGACCCCAACGACCCAUUAAAAUGGUCCAAAUGGAAAAAGGAGUUUCAGUUUUUCAUUCUUUUUUAUUGGUCUUUCUUAACAGCAGUUGCAACUAACUGGAAUGGACCUGUUUGGUCUAUUUGGGUUGACAUAUUUAAGACUUCAUACACCACACUAAACGCCACUUCUGCAAUGUGUUGGUUGGGACUCGGUGUAGGUUGUUUGUUUCUACAACCAACGGCUAUGUCACUUGGUAGAAGGUUUGUUUAUUUGUUUGCAACGAUUCUACAAACAGUAGGUAACAUCAUUGGUGGAGUAAGUAAAAAUAUCGGUGAGUUGUAUGGAGUCAACAUUCUCACUGGCUUUGCGGGUGCACCAUGUGACUCAUUGGUGCAGAUAUCAACAACAGAUAUUUUUUUUCAACAUGAAAGAGCAACGAGAAUAUCAUUAUUAACGUUUGCCCUUUAUUCAGGUUCGUAUCUUGGUCCAUUUGUUGCUGGUUAUAUUGUUGACAAUGAAACGUUAGGUUGGAGAUGGUGCUAUUGGUUUUUGGUUAUCUUUUUUGGAAGUUUAUUCGGUAUCCAGUUAUUUUUCAUGGAAGAUUCCACAUUUGUUGGACAGAGAAAAAAUUACACACAAGAGGGUAAAGAGAUCUUAACAGAAGUCUUAAGCAAAGAAGAAAAUAUCAUUGACGAUAUAUCCAAUGAAAAGGACAAUGUUAUUCUAGAUAUCAGAGAAACAGAUAAGAACAGUAUGUUACCCCAGAAAAGAACAUACUUUGAGAAACUCAAACCAAUGGAAACCAGAUACAACGAUAAGAGACCAUGGUACAAAAUUUUCCUUCGUCCAACAUGUGUAUUGCUUUUACCGGCAGUUACGUGGGGUGGGUUUUCAUAUGGGGUCUCAGUGAUGUGGUUAUCUUUGAUUGCUACAACGCAGUCAGAAUUCUUCUCAGUGGAGCCGUACAAUAUGAGUCCAGCUGCCGUCGGUAACACCAACCUUGCAUCAUUAAUUGGUAGUUUUUUAGGCAUGAUUUGGGGUGGUCCAUUAUCCGAUCGGUUUGUUGCUUGGAAGGCCAGGAGAAACAAUGGUAUUCUUGAGCCUGAAUUUAGAUUAUGGUUCAUGGUUGUUCCGGCACUAGUCACAGCAGGGGGUCUUCUACUUUACGGGAUUGGCAUGAACAACGGCAUUAACUGGGUAGGACCAGCUGGCUUUGGUAUGGGGUUUUUAGGUUUUGGUAUUGGGUCUAGCGGGGCAAUCAUUCUCACGUAUGCUUUGGAUUCUUAUCCACAGUUUCAGAGUGAGAGCAUGGUGAUGAUGUUAUUUAUCAGAAACAUGAUUGGUAUGGGAUUUACAUUUGCAAUCCAGCCAUGGCUGGACACAGAUGGUACAGUUACAACGACGUGGCUAAUGUUCAUGUUGUCUGUGAUUUUCAAUUUCUCCUGUUUGAUUUUCAUCAAAUGGGGGAAAAAAUGGAGAAUCAUGACAAAGAACUACUAUUUGAAAUGCUCUGAUCCUGAUUUCUUCUUUUGA